AUGCCACCUCGCAAGCCUCGCGCCAGAGUCAAUGCCAGUAACAACGGAGGCGCAACCGUCGCGGAGGCCGCCCCCCAAUUGCCCGGAGGCCUCACGGCAGACGAUCUUACCGACUUCUAUCGGCGCAUGGUUCUGUGCCGCACCAUUGAUGAACGUAUCUGGGCGCUGAACCGGCAGGGUAAAGUCCCCAUCGCGGCCUCCAGCCAAGGGCAUGAGGCCGCCCAGUUGGGCAGCUUGCUGGCCGCCGAAAAGGACGGCAACUGCUUUUUGUUCCCGUACUAUCGGGACCUGGCGCUGAAGUUCGCCGCCGGGUUGACUGCGGAGCAAGUCAUGCGGUCGUUCAUGGGGAAGGCUGGGGACCCGUACAGCAACGGUCGCCAGUUUCCGCUGCAGGGUGCCGACCUGCCCCACAACAUAAUCCAGAUAUCCAACGUCGUCGCCGCAGGGCUGACCCAGUCGGUGGGCUAUGCAAUGGCCUGCAAGAUGCGGGAUGAGGGAACGGUAACGCUGGUCUACUUUGUGCCUCAACGCAAGCAGAUGAGCAUCGAGGAAGUGGCCAGCAGGGCCGCAGGGUACGGAUUCCCCGGCUUCACCAUUGAUGGCAUGGACUUCAUCGGCUGUUACGAAGCCAGUCGGGAGGCCAUAAGCAGCGCCCGGGAACAGGGCCCUGUGCUGCUGGAAAUGAACGUGGAGCGGUUCACGUCCCACACCACCGACGACGACGACCGCCGCUAUCGCCCUGCGAAUGAGGUGGAGCAGGCAAGGCUCCGAGAUCCCGUGGUGACCUUCGGCGCCCUGCUGAUGGAACACGGUGUGAUGACCCAGGAGGAGAUCGACGAAGCUGCGGCCAAUGCCCUGGCCGCCGUUGAUGCCGCAACGGACGCCGCCGACGUCGCCAGCCCGCCCGACGUUUCCACCCUGCAUGCCCUGGUCUACUCCGGUUAG